AUGGCGGCGGAUCUGAACCUGGAGUGGAUCUGCUCCCUGCCCCGGUCCUGGACUUACGGGAUCACCAGGGGCGGCCGAGUCUUCUUCAUCAACGAGGAGGCCAAGAGCACCACCUGGCUGCACCCGGUCACCGGCGAGGCCGUCGUCACCGGACACCGGCGGCAGAGCGCAGAUUUGCCCACUGGCUGGGAAGAGGCGUACACUUUUGAAGGUGCCAGAUACUACAUAAAUCACAAUGAACGGAAAGUGACCUGCAAGCAUCCAGUCACAGGACAGCCAUCGCAGGACAAUUGCAUUUUUGUAGUGAAUGAACAGGCUGUUGCAACCAUGACGGCUGAAGAAAAGAAGGAACGACCGAUAAGUAUGAUAAAUGAAGCUUCCAACUAUAGCAUGACUUCCGAUUAUGCAGUCCAUCCAAUGAGCCCUGUAGGCAGGACAUCACGGGCCUCAAAAAAAGUUCAUAAUUUUGGAAAGAGGUCAAAUUCAAUUAAAAGGAACCCUAACGCACCUGUGGUCAGACGCGGCUGGCUUUAUAAACAGGACAGUACUGGCAUGAAGCUGUGGAAGAAACGCUGGUUUGUGCUGUCUGAUCUUUGCCUCUUUUAUUAUAGAGAUGAGAAGGAAGAAGGCAUCCUGGGAAGCAUCCUAUUGCCUAGCUUUCAGAUAGCGUUGCUUACCUCCGAGGAUCACAUUAAUCGGAAAUAUGCUUUUAAGGCUGCCCACCCAAACAUGCGGACCUAUUAUUUCUGCACUGAUACAGGAAAGGAAAUGGAGUUGUGGAUGAAGGCCAUGUUAGAUGCUGCCCUGGUGCAGACAGAACCUGUGAAAAGAAUUACCUUUAACUUCCGAGUGGACAAGAUUACCUCUGAAACUGCACCAAGUAAAGAAAUCAAUAACAUUCCCAACCACAGAGUGCUGAUUAAACCAGAGGCCCAAAACAACCAAAAAAACAAGGAAAUAAGCAAGAUGGAAGAAAAAAAGGCACUAGAAGCUGAAAAAUACGGAUUUCAGAAGGAUGGUCAAGAUAGGCCUCUAACAAAGAUUAAUAGUGUGAAAUUGAAUUCUCUGUCGUCUGAAUAUGAUGGUGGGUCCGCAGGCCCAGCUCCAGCUGCACACUACAGACCAGUCAAUGUGAACAGUUCAGAGAACAAAACAGUCAAUGUGAGUCUGGCAGAUCUGAGAAGUGGCACUCACCCAAACGCAGGGAUGCUGCACACAGAAACUGACCGGGUCCUACAGAGAACAAAUUCAAUGCAACAGUUGGAGCAGUGGAUUAAAAUCCAGAAGGGAAGGGGUCUUGAGGAAGAACCCAGGGGAGUAAAUUCUUACCAGACGUUACCCAGAAACAUGCCAAGCCACAGAGCCCAGGUCCUGGCCCGCUAUCCUGAAGGUUACAGAACUCUUCCAAGGAACAGCAAGACCAGGCCCGACAGCAUCUGCAGUGUGGCCCCUGGUGCCCACGACAAGAGCCUGGCUCCGGGAGCAGAAGAGAAGCGCAGGUCCAUGAGAGAUGACACUAUGUGGCAGCUCUACGAGUGGCAGCAGCGCCAGUUCUACAAUAAGCAGAACACCCUCCCUCGACACAGUACCCUGAGCAGCCCUAAAACCAUGGUCAAUAUUUCUGACCAGACAAUGCACUCCAUUCCCACAUCCCCGUCACAUGGGUCCAUGGCUGCUUAUCAGGGCUACUCCCCGCAACGCACCUACAGGUCAGAAGUGUCAUCGCCCAUUCAGAGAGGAGAUGUGACGCUGGACCGCAGACACAGGGCCCACCUCCCUAAGCACGUCUAUGUGCCCGACAGAAGGUCGAUGCCAGCUGGCCUGACUUUGCAGUCCGUCAGUCCCCAGAGCCUGCAGGGCAAAACGCCAGAGGAGCUCACGCUGCUGCUCAUAAAGCUGAGACGGCAGCAGGCGGAACUGAGCAGUGUCCGGGAGCACACGCUAGCACAGCUCAUGCAGCUCAAGCUCGAGGCCCCCGGCCCCAAGAAUGAAAUUCUUUCACAUCAUCUUCAAAGGAACGCCAUGUAUUUGGAUCAUCAGAUGAAAGAAAAUGAACCUAUUAUCAGCAUGGUUCACACAAUGAUUGAGAACUCGGCGCUAAGACCACAACUGUACCAGCAAUUCUUAAGACAGAAGAGCAAGAUAAGUCUCUAUUGCCUGUCCCAAGAGGAAUGUAGAGGCACGUUUUACAAAUACAGACCGGAAGAAGUAGAUAUUGAUGCCAAGUUGAGCCGGUUGUGUGAACAAGAUAAAGUGGUCCAUGCUCUGGAAGAGAAACUGCAGCAGCUCCACAAGGAGAAAUACACGCUUGAGCAAGCUUUGCUAUCAGCCAGCCAAGAGAUCGAAAUGAGUGCAGAUAGCCCAACGGCUAUUCAGACGGUGGUGUUACAGAGAGACGAUUUACAAAAUGGGCUGCUCAGCACGUGUCGGGAACUUUCUCGGGCCACCGCUGAGCUAGAGCGAGCAUGGAGAGAAUAUGAUAAGUUAGAAUAUGAUGUGACUGUUUCCAGGAACCAGAUGCAAGAACAGCUGGAUCGCCUUGGUGAAGUACAGACUGAAUCAGCAGGAAUUCAGCGUGCACAGAUCCAGAAAGAACUUUGGAGAAUCCAAGAUGUCAUGGAGGGGUUGAGUAAACACAAACAGCAAAGAGGCACCACAGAAACAGGUAUGGCAGGAUCAAAACCUUUCUCAACAGCUAAAUACAAAAACGAGGAAGAGGAAGUAGUCCCACCUCGUCCUCCACUUCCUCGGUCCUAUGACAUUACAGAGCAGCCUCCCAUAAUCCCCCCUCUGCCCAGUGACAGCAGCUCCUUGCUCUGUUAUAGCAGGGGCCCAGUGCAUCUGCCUGAAGACAGGAAGAGUCAUCAAGGUCAAGGAUAUCCAAGAAAUGGAUCUCACUGUGGUCCAGACUAUAGACUCUACAAGAGUGAGCCAGAGCUAACCACAGUGGCAGAAGUUGAUGAGUCUAAUGGAGAGGAGAAGUCAGAGCCCGUGGCGGAGACGGAGACUCCAGUUGGGAAAGGUUCACACUUUCCUGUCGGGGUGGUCCCUCCAAGGACAAAAUCACCAACACCCGAAUCUUCCACGAUAGCUUCCUACGUAACCCUGAGGAAAACGAAGAAAAUGAUGGAUCUGAGAACGGAACGACCAAGAAGUGCAGUGGAGCAGCUCUGUUUAGCUGAAAGUACUCGACCCCGGAUGACGGUGGAGGAGCAAAUGGAAAGAAUAAGGAGACAUCAGCAAGCCUGCCUGCGGGAGAAGAAGAAGGGAUUCGGUGUCCUCGGUGCUUCUGAUCAGUCACCCUUGCCAAGCCCUUCCAGCUUAAGGGACAAUCCCUUCAGGGUUACGCAGACUCGAAAGAGAGAUGAUAACAUGAAGGACCUGGACACGAUCAGUGGGGACAGUGAUGAGAAGCCAAACCAUGAAACCCCCAUGGCGGAAACUGUUCAGCUCAAAGAAGCUGAACCCCAAGACACAGGUCUCAGCAAGGAGCUUAAAAAAACUGAAACUGUUUUCUACGAGAUGCUUUUCAAACCUGAGCCAAAUGGAGUAGAUGCCGAGGAAGUGGUGGAUAAAGAAAAAGACGAAAAAGAAACAGCUGAUGAUGUUCCCUCCAGCUCUCAAGAUGAGACACCAAUAACAAACCAUAAACCAGAAGGCCAUCCUGAAGGAAGUUUCAAGAAGAGUCCUGACGAAGCGGAGGACGUGGCGCCUCCCCGCGAGCCAACUCCUGAGGUUCCGAGAGGAAGUCCGGCCCUGGCAGCUACACCGGACUCCUGCUGAAGCCGUGAGGCCAUGACGAGCUGCCAACAUGGACCUUCAGCAACGUAAGAAGAUGCUGUACAGAAUAUUUUAAAUCUAUGAAAUUCAUAGUUCUGAUGCUUUUGGCCACAGAGCAUCAUUUUAUCACUUCUGGAAAAUGUUUAUUCCAAACAGCUUUAACGGCCCAUAUGUACACUCCGUAAUCGGUCUCCAGGUUAUUACUGAGACACCAGCUUGCUGCUACGUUCCCCGGCACAUCCGUGAAGGUGCUUCUCCAUGCGCGGUCCACAGCCCGAGCUCAGUCAGUCACUUCCAGGUUUCGAUGUUCCUUCAGUCUAGGUGAAGUCACACUUCCUCUGGCUUUUCAACACACAUAGUUACUUAAUUAUUUCCAACGAGACUUCUUUUCAUUUCUUUUCUUUUUUGUUAAUUCCUUCUCAUUUCAGCUAGUGCAGUGCUUUGUUCCACACUUGAUUUGUACAAAUUUUAUAUAUAUAUAUAUUUAAGAUGUGCCAUUUUAUCACAGCUAAGUGCAAACGUCCAGUUCUCUGCUAUAAUUCUUCCUCAGUCAGAUUGCAGUGUCCAGUUACUGCCACACUCUCGUCAGCUUACAAACACAUUCCCACUUACCUUUUCUUAAGAACAAAAAAGUAUAGGUAAUUUGAAGUACUGGGUAUAUACUUCAUUGACAUAGAUGUGUACAGCAAUAAGCAGGUUUUCAAACCCAGUACUUAGUUGGUGUACAAAUGUAAUUAUGUUCAUUGUGUAUAUAUUAUACAAUGAGCACAUGUAAUGUAUUAAAGGCUACUUACUAUUGUUUAAAUGCAAAUGUUCAUAACUCAUUUCUUUUUUAUCAUGUUAAAUAAAUGUUGAUGUUCUUAAAUCGGUUGUGUUAGAGCUUCCCUUCUUUCCCUUGGCGGUGAAAGGCGGAGACGGGAGAAGGUCGCCUGCAGACCUUAGAAUCCUACACGGCACGGAGAACGAGCCUGUCCGCCAGCC